UACAAUUAACCACAACCAUGUUGAAAAUUCUGAAAACUCCACUACUGUUUUUGAUCAUAUUCAAUUGUCUACUUUUGCCGGCACAGUCACUAUCACUAGAAAACCUAACAGUUUCCAGCAACUUUAUACAAAAUUUGUUCAUGGAUGAAGUUCGAAAUAAUUUAAAAUUACUUGAUAUGGACAUGGGAGACAUUGUAAAUGGAUCAAAAUGUAUUCUUCAACUUCAAGAACUAUCAAAAUUUUCCCAAGAAACUUUUAAGUUUUUGGAUUCAUGGGGAAAGUUUCCUACUGGAAUUAUGUCUGGGCACUUGAUUGAUUUUGGAAGUUAUGAUCAGUGUGUAGAGAUUUCAACUGUUUUGAUACCAUCGCAUGGCGUUACAAAUGGAAAAUACUGUUUUGCUUCAUUUCCUGAUUUAUUGAAAAGUUUAAUGAAUUCGGAUAUGGAUUCUAAAGAAGAACCAUCCGAUGUAGAAGAAUAUCAGAUUUUUGGAAAAGCUUUUGAAAAGACUUUUAACCUACAAAUAGGAAUUUGUAUACCGGAAAUAUGCACUCCUGAGUUUAUUAUUCAAAUUUUACAAAAAUCUAUGACCUUUACUGGAUUGUCUGGUCUACUUCCCGAAAUAAAUAUUUCUGAUUGUUCUGUAGCCAAGAAACCUGAUUUCAGAACUAUUGAUAUUAUUGCUAUAACAUUUUUUUCAUUUAUUGGAGUCUUGAUGCUUUUGAGUACACUGUAUGAUUUGGUGACAGCGCAUUUUCGAAGAAAACCUGUACCAUUGCUUAUAUCAUUUUCCGUCAUAACGAAUGCAGAAAAACUGUUUAUGAUCGAUAUCGAAAAAUCACAGAACACUAUUACGUGCUUGCCCGGAAUUCGAGCGCUAUCGAUGUUUUGGAUUAUAUACGGGCACAAUUACUAUCACUACUUUAAACUCAACAUGAUAAAUAUGUCCUAUGCACUAGAGUGGUCUAACAGCUUUCAUUGUAUGGGAGUUUUAAUGGGAACUAUAUUAGUGGAUUCUUUCUUUUUUCUUAGCGGAUUACUUGUGGCUUGGAUAGGAUUUAAAGAAUUGGAUACAAAUAAAGGAAAUCUAAAUAUUGUGUCGAAAUAUCGCCAUCGUUACAUCCGUCUUACACCAGCCCUAGCAGCCCUGGUGCUAUAUUACAUAACAUUAAACAACUACAUUGGAAAUGGCCCUUUAAGGUCGACAUCUAAAGGCUGUGAUAAAAAUUGGUGGCUUACCUUACUCUACGUCCAAAACUACGAUCACUCAGAAAAACUGAGCCAAGUUUGUGUUCCCCAAGCUUGGUACUUGGCGUGUGACUUUCAAUUAUAUAUUUUAUCUCCCUUGGUUCUUAUACCUUUAUGGAAAUGGGGUAAGAAGUUUAUUCCUGUGAUAGUUGUUCUUGCUGUCUUGUCAAUUGGUUGCGUUAUAGCAACUUACUAUGUCAAAGGAUACACCAAUGUUAUUGGACUUGGUAAUCCAAUUGGAAAUGUACCGCCAAUCUAUUCAAGAACACAUGCUAGGUACACACCAUGGCUUGUUGGGAUAGUCCUUGGUUACUUCAUGUACACCAAUCGAAAUAAGACUUUUCAAAUACCAGUGAUUGUUCAACUAAUCGGAUGGAUUGUUUCCCUUGGAACGAUGUUUUUUACCAUCUUUGGCCCUCAUUUUUUCUUAGAAUUUCCAUAUGAUUCAACUGUUGGUAUUGCAGGAGCAACUGAAUCGCUAAAACAUGUUGUUUGGGCAUUAGCCUUAUCAUGGAUUGUUUUUGUUUGUCACUUUGGUUAUGGUGGCUUGGUGAAUUAUUUUCUUUCGCAUCCUUUUUGGCAGCCUUUAGAACGUUUGACUUAUUGUAUGUAUUUGGUUCAUAUGGCUGUACAGGAAAUCAAUUAUAACACAUCAAGAACGGAUGUUUAUUUUUCGGCCUAUACAAUGCUUCUUCAAUUAUGGACUACUCUCGGAUCAACAAUUUUAGCGGCAAUUGUUCUAGUCCUUUCAUUUGAAGCCCCAGCAUUGGCAGUUGAUAAGGCUAUAUUUGGUAAAAAGAAACCAAAGAUCGAUCGCGGUGAUGAUUGAAACGCAUGAACGCUGUGCAGGCGACGCUUGAAUUUCGGUUUUGCAGGGGGUCACAGCAUUAACAAAACUUACCGCCCAAAAGAUACAACAAAUUUAUCAAA